AUGAGUCAGCCACUGGAGAUACAUUACACGUUCAAUGCAGUGAACAUAAGAAACACUGUUAUAAUAACUGUUAUAAACACUGUAAUAACUUUAUUGACGCUCCCCCCCCACCCAGGUUAUGUCACUUUAUGUUCACACAUUCGAGAGUAUCACUUUAUAAAGGAGGCUAAGACAUGGGAGGAGGCCCAGAUAUCCUGCAGAAACAACUACACUGACCUCGCUACUAUUGGCAGCCAUGAUGACAUGAAGAGGCUGGUGAACGUGACAGCAGCCAGUGGCAUGACGGAAGAAAUCUGGAUUGGUCUCACAAAGACCAGGGUGGCAUCCUGGCUGUGGUCUGUGGGAGAAACUCAGAGCAGUCAUGGAGUGGCUGAAUACACUAACUGGUCCAUUGGUCCCAAUUCCUCUCACCAAUGUGGAGGCAUGAGGGCUGAUGGGAAAUGGCGCAGUGCACUCUGUGAAACACCACUUCCUUUUGUCUGCCAGGAAGAACAUUUUGCAAUAUUCACAGAGGGGUCCAGUAGGGUGUAUAUUGUUCUUCAAGAGAAGUCCUGGAGGGAAGCCCAAGAGUACUGUCGACUGAAUAACACAGACUUGGCCAGUGUGAGGAACCAGACUGAAAAUCAGGCAUUACAGCAAACAGUUUUUGAAAAGGGGUCAUCGCUGUUCCUGAUCUGGAUCGGUUUGUUCAGAGAUGAGUGGAAAUGGUCGGACGAGAGUGACAGCUCCUUCAGAUACUGGGAGAGAAGUCAGCCAAAUGAUGAUGGAGUGUGCGCAUUGUACAGACCCUCCGACAACAAGUGGUAUGACAGAGAUUGUACCUCCUCAAAAUACUUCUUCUGCUAUAGUGGUGAGUAUAUAAUAUCUGUAACAGUGUCUGUUUUGUUUUGUUUUGUUUGUUAUGAAGGGAAUUAA